GCCAAGAUGGCGGGGCGGAGCGGCCGCUCCGUGUUGACAAACUGAAAGGCGGUUGGACAUCGGGGCCCGGAGGAGCGCGAGGCCGCGGCGGCCGGAGUGUGCUGUCGGCUUGGCUCUGAUUAAUCUUACACUUGCAUCAUGAGUAUCAUCCGAGACAAACUAGGCAACGAGUUCCUCAGGAACGGUGGGAUGGAGCCAAACUUCCCCUCCAGCAUGAUCAUGUUCAGCCACCUCCCGCCGAUCACAAAUUUCUCCAACCUCGCUGCCCAUUCUGUCCCGUCAACCAUACCUCAGGAAUUGAUCCUCAAAAAGGAUCCCGAUUCCCCAACGGAAAAAUAUCCAUCGGAAUACAUGCAGCCCAUCUCCGAUGUCAAGGAGAAAAAGUUCUCCUCGCAGGAUGGAUUUACGUUCUUCAAGAACAACGGGAAAAUUCUUCUUGACGAGGAGGAAAUGCACAGAGGACACAGCAUCUUAACCCAGAACUUGAAUCAUACCAGUGAAUUACAAGCCAGAUAUGAAAAAGAUGGCCUCAGUGUUCCAAGACCAGGAGUUUAUGUUAAGAGGUCAAAGAAACCGAACUCUCAAUCUCAGGAUCCAAAGCCUAGACGCAAGCGAAGUGACGCUUCCAAGUCCUCAGCAAUGGGUGCAGACGGUACCAGCCUGUUACAUGGCCCAAAGGCUCACAUCUGUGAGCAUUGCUGUGCCUCAUUCCGUAGUUCUUACCACCUUCGUCGUCAUGUCCUUAUCCACACUGGUGAACGGCCUUUCCAAUGCAGUCAGUGCAGCAUGUGCUUUAUCCAGAAAUACCUGCUUCAACGGCACGAAAAAAUCCACAGCGGAGAGAAGCCGUUCUGUUGUGAUCAGUGUAAUAUGCGAUUCAUCCAGAAAUACCACAUGGAGAGACACAAGAGAACGCACAGUGGAGAAAAGCCUUAUCAAUGCCACAUUUGCCAACAGUAUUUUUCCAGGACGGAUAGGUUGUUGAAACACAAACGAACGUGCGGCGACGUGCUGGGUAAGAGUGAGAACGGAGUGGAGCCCGGGACUUCCGGCCAGGUGGGGAACGGUCACUUCGAAUCAACUCAGGGAACUGCGGGCGGGCGCAGGAGAGCGAAGUCAAAAGCUACAUCUCAGGAGACGAAAGAAAAGGCAAUACGCAAAAAGAACAAAGCCAAUAUCUCUGAACUGCCAAGCAACUUCAGCGGCUGCAAGGAUAAGGUGUCGGUCUAUAACAUGCAGGAAUACGCCGUCGAGAUGCCCAUGGGAUCGUCCAGUGUUAAGUUAGGAAACUCAAGUGAAGAGCAGUCACAGACUCGAGCCACCAAACUGGUGAUCAAAAAGGUGAAUCGCAAAAGCCCUCAGAGGACAGAUCCCAAUCACAUGCACCUGAUGGGGGCGGAAUCGGGCAUGGCGAGGCAAAAGCUGCUGUCGAACAAACCGGGCUCCCUGGAGCUAAACAGCAACGCCAACAUGGAUAACAUCGUGCUCCUGCAGAGCACAGAGUGCAAGACCGAGCAGGUGAGCAGCGGCAACUAUGACGAAGCCAUGCAGUUUUUCAAGAAGAAAAGAUAUUUGCAGGCUGCCUCCAGCCACAACGACUACGCGGUGAGCAUAGGGCAGAUGGCGUCUCAGCAGUCGGUGAUCCAGGCGGCAGUGGCCAGCGUUAUGGAUAGCAACGCUCCCCUCCCGCUGCUGGACUCCGCUUCCAUGAACGUGGACGUGAAAGUCUGCCCCGACAAGGCCGGGAUCCCGGACGAGGUCCUGCAAAGCCUCCUGGACCAAUACACCCACAAGCACGACGUCCCUUUCGAUAUAAGCGACCAACACGUCCCCAUCCACGGCUCGCGGCAGACGCCGCAGGAGAUGCACGAGGAGACGGCCUGCCCGGGCUCGCACCCGCCUCGGGCCGACAAGACCGGAAUGCUCCAGGAAUAUUCCAAAUACCUCCAGCAAGCUUUAGAGAGGACCAGUCAGAGCGACGCCUUCUCGCUCAGCCCGGGCUUGCAGUUCUGUUCCACAAGUCUUCCGUCGAGCCUGCCCGGCCAAACGCUGUUCUCCGAUAAGGCAGCGUACAGCACCCCCUCGCUCGAGUGCGGCUUCAGCCCGUCUGUUGCCUCAGUGUUGCCGACCGCCUCGCCAAAGUCACAUUUCGGAGUCUUGGUCAGCCCCCAAUCCGGCAUCCAAUUCCCCAGCACGGAAGCCACCCAUCAGAGGCUGACACCUUCCCAGGAGCUGGCCGGGCAGCUGGACCAGCAGAAGAACUUGGAGCCCGGGCUGAACCAUCAGGUGUAUCGGAUUGAGAAUUUCGCCCAGGCCUUCGGAUCCCAGUUCAAGUCGGGCGGGAGGUUGCCAAUGACCUUCAGCAGCGGCUCUGGCACCGGUGAAGAGACAAGCCAUCGAAUAAGGACUACAGUUUCUGAAUUCUCAGGGUACACUACUUUGUUGUCUGAUGCUAAUGAGCCAAUUAAUGCUGGAGCCAAGGCUCCAACCAGCCAAAGUUACAGGUAAAAGGCAUGAUUGUUGCCAGGCUGGGUGUGUGA